AUGGCGCUAGAAGCAUCCGCGCCGGCACCAGAGUUGGCACUGUACUCGUUCUACCAGUGUGCUGACCGUGGUGGCUGGUACCUUCUUGACCCGCAGUACUACGAUUUAUCGCCAUGUGUGGUACAAGGAUUAUUGAUGGGAAUACUAGGUGUAGGCUCCCUCUUGGCAGGCCUUCACCAAGUAUCGGUAUUGUACCGUAAGAAAAUCACUUCAGCCAAUCGGGUAUCGCCCUUUUUCUAUGUGAAACUCGGUCUUGUGCUCAUACAGAUAAUUUUUCAGUUGAAUAUUAGACUGAACUAUCCGAAAAAUGACUUGAUAGGAACGGUGUUGAAUGUGAAUUUGGCAUCCACCAUAGUUGUACUCGCUAUCCACUACCUUGAGAACUUCAAGGUGACCAUUCCUAACGCUGUGGUGUUGUUCUACUGGUUUUUCACGGUGGUGUUGAACUUGUUCAAGAUACUUAACUUGUACGUGAGACUGAAGAUCCACACCAACUCAGGAGUGUUCACAAUUUUGAUGGUGGUCAAUGCAUUUUUGAUCUUGGUCAUUGAACUUUUGGUGCCUAUCAAGUCUCUUGUGCCACUUAAGGAUGCAAAGAGGAUCAGUCCAUAUGAUAGAGCCAACAUCUUCUCCAAAAUCACAUUUGUGUGGAUGGGCGAAUUGAUUCAAAGAGGUUAUUAUAAGUUUUUGACCGAGAAGGACUUGCCCCCUUUACCCAAAGAACUCAAAGCCACCACCAACUCCGACAUCUUCUAUAAGAACUGGUACUGCCAGAACACUCCCAACCCAUCCAUUCUCAUUGCAUUGGUCAAGUCGUUUGGUGCGCACUUUGCAAUGGGAAGUGUGUUCAAGUUUACCCAGGAUUGUUUGGCAUUUGUGCAACCUCAGUUGUUGAGACUCUUGAUCCAGUUUGUAAACGAUUACUCCCAAGCACAGAAAACCGACCAACCAUUGCCUUUGACAAAAGGGUUUAUGAUUGCCGGAGGAAUGUUUUUGGUGUCAGUGAUCCAGACCUCAUUCUUGCACCAGUACUUUCAGGUGGUGUUUGAUGUGGGUAUGAAAAUCAAGUCGUCGUUGGUAUCGGUCAUCUAUAACAAGUCGAUGGUAUUAUCGAGCGAGACUAAACAGGAAUCCAAUACCGGUGAUAUAGUGAACUUAAUGUCUGUGGAUGUGCAAAGAUUACAAGAAACAGUCUCCUACCUUCAAAUCGGAUGGUCUGGACCCUUCCAGAUCUUUUUAUGUCUCUUCUCAUUGCACGGAUUGGUUGGUAAUGCCAUGUGGGCCGGUGUGGCCAUCAUGGUGGUGAUGAUUCCUUUCAACUCCAAACUCGCCACUUACCAAAAGGCCUUGCAGAAGACCCAGAUGAAACAUAAGGAUGCUAGAUCCAGAUUGACUUCGGAGAUCUUGAACAAUAUCAAAUCCUUGAAGUUAUACGGGUGGGAAGAAGCUUACUUGGAGAAGUUGAACUAUAUCAGAAACGAGAAGGAAUUGAAGAACUUGCAAAGAAUCGGAGUGUUUAUGUCAAUUACGGUGAUGAUUUGGAACUUUGCUCCAGUGUUGGUCAGUUGUUGUACCUUUGCCUUGUACAUCGUAAUUGAAAAAGAUAAGCCUUUGUCUACUGAUAUUGUGUUCCCAGCGUUGGCAUUGUUCAAUUUGCUAGGCUUUCCUUUGGCCGUUGUUCCUCAAGUGAUUUCAAACGUCACUGAAUCUCAGGUGGCUUUGGGAAGAUUGCACAAGUUCUUACACGGAUCUGAACUUCAACCUGAUGCUAUCAUCAGAUUACCUAAGGUCGAAGAGAUUGGUCAAGUGGCGGUUUCUAUUGAAAAGGGGAACUUCUUGUGGAGCAAACCAAAGGACGAUAAAAACAAUAAAGUGGCAUUAUCCAACAUUAACUUAUCUGCUAAAAAGGGUCACUUAGACUGUAUAGUUGGUAAGGUUGGAAGUGGAAAGUCUUCUAUCAUUCAAGCUAUCUUGGGUGAUUUGUACAAGUUGCAAGGUGAGGUUAAGGUUCAUGGGAGCAUUGCUUAUGUGGCACAAGUCCCAUGGAUUAUGAAUGGAAGUAUCAAGGAAAAUAUUUUGUUUGGUCACCGGUAUGACCCUGAAUUUUACCAGCAUGUUCUCAAGGCUUGUGCCUUGACUGUUGACUUGAAGAUUUUGUCCAAGGGUGAUGAAACCUUAGUCGGUGAAAAGGGUAUUUCAUUGUCUGGAGGUCAAAAGGCCAGAGUUUCUUUGGCCAGAGCUGUUUAUGCUAGAUCGGACGUCUAUUUGAUUGACGAUGCUUUGUCAGCAGUUGACGAACAUGUCGGAAAGCACUUGAUUGACCAUGUUUUAGGACCCAAGGGGUUGUUGAAGUCUAAGUGUAAGAUCUUAGCUACCAAUAAUAUUGGUGUGUUGAGCAUUGCCGACAACAUGCACAUGGUUGCUGACGGUAAGAUCGUUGAAAAUGGCUCCUACGAUGAAAUUCAAAGUGCACCAGACUCCAAGUUGUUUCACUUGAUUAAGGAUUUUGGUAAAGCCAAAGAGCAACCAAGCGAAGAGGAGUUAAAUGAAGAGGCUGAAAAGCAAAAGUCUAAAUCUCAAGAGUUGCUUGUGGAUGAUGAGGUUACUGAUAUUCAACUUGAAUCUGAAGACGAACUUGACGUCCAGUCGUUAAGUGGAGCCUCUUUGGUUACCUUGGACGAAAGUUUGGAAGACGAAUUAGAUGCAAAGGAAGAAGAUGACGAAGAACUCGCCAAACGAAAGGAACACUUUGAGCAAGGUAAGGUGAAGUGGGAUGUUUAUCUCCAAUAUGCCAAAGCUUGCAACCCUAAAGUUGUUUGUAUUUGGAUUGGUGUGAUUGUCUUCAAUAUGUGGUUGAAUGUUGCUUCAUCUCUUUGGUUAAAGUACUGGUCUGAGGUCAAUACUGGUGCUGGUUAUAACCCUGAUGUACCCUUCUACUUGGGGAUUUAUCUUUUAUUGGGAUUCAUCAACUCAUUGUCGAUUUUGGCUCAAAACUGUAUUGUGUGGAUUUACUGUACUAUCAAGGGUUCUAGUAAGUUACACAACCUAAUGGCCAUCGCUGUGUUGAGGGCCCCAAUGUCCUUCUUUGAAACCACCCCUAUUGGAAGGGUUUUGAACAGAUUUUCUAGUGAUGUGUACAAGGUGGAUGAAGUUUUGUGUAGAGUUUUCGGAAUGUUUUUCUCCAACUCGUUCAAAGCUGUUUUCUCCAUCAUGGUUAUCUGCUUCUCUACAUGGCAGUUUAUUUUCUUGGUUGGACCUUUAGUCGUGUUCUACGUGAUGUAUCAACAGUACUAUUUAAGAUCUUCUAGAGAGUUGAGAAGAUUGGACUCUAUUUCGAGAUCACCUAUCUAUGCUAACUUCCAGGAGUCUUUGACUGGCGUCAACACCAUCAGAGCUUAUAAUGAAAUUGAUAGAUUUAGAUACAUCAAUGAGUUGAGAAUUGACAAGAACAUGAGGGCUUACCAUCCUUCAGUCAACUCCAACAGAUGGUUGGCUGUCAGAUUAGAAUUUUUUGGUUCCAUUAUCAUUCUUGGUGCAGCAGGUUUUGCUAUUUUUGCCUUGAAAUCAGGUUCCAUCAGUGCUGGUUUGGUUGGUUUAUCGGUGUCAUACUCUUUGCAAAUCACCCAAACCUUAAACUGGAUUGUUAGAAUGACUGUUGAGGUGGAAACCAAUAUCGUAUCUGUUGAAAGAAUUUUGGAGUACUCCAGGUUGGACUCUGAAGCACCAGAGGUGAUCGAGGAAAAGAAACCUGGGGCAAACUGGCCUCAAAGUGGUCAAAUAGAGUUCAAUAACUAUUCUACCCGAUACAGACCAGACUUGGACUUGGUGUUGAAGAAUAUUAACUUGUCUAUCAAAUCUCAUGAAAAAGUUGGUAUCGUGGGAAGAACGGGUGCUGGAAAGUCAUCUUUAACGUUGGCUUUGUUCAGAAUCAUCGAAGCUGCUGAAGGUAAUAUUACCAUUGACGAAAUCAACACCUCAGUUAUUGGGUUGAAAGAUUUGAGACAAAGGUUGUCUAUUAUUCCUCAAGACUCGCAAGUGUUCGAAGGUUCUAUCAGAAGUAACUUGGAUCCAUUUGCCAAGUUCAGUGAUGACGCUGUAUGGAGAGCCUUGGAAUUAUCUCACUUGAAAGACCAUGUUCUCAAAAUGUUCGAGGAGUACCGUGAACAACGUGAUAGCGAGGAGGAGGUGAAAGAUGAAGAAGAAAUCAUUGACCCCUUAGAAGUGAAGUUGACUGAGGGUGGUUCGAACUUGUCCGUGGGUCAAAGACAAUUGAUGUGUUUGGCCAGAGCAUUGUUGAUUCCUUCACACAUUUUGGUGUUGGACGAAGCCACAGCAGCUGUUGAUGUGGAAACCGACAAGGUCUUGCAGCAGACCAUCAGAGCUGAGUUCAAAGACAGAACCAUCUUGACCAUUGCUCAUAGAAUCAACACCAUUUUAGACUCUGAUAAAAUCAUUGUGUUAGAAAAGGGGGAGGUUGCUGAGUUUGACAGCCCUGAGAACUUGCUCAAGAAAAAGGAUUCCUUGUUCUACUCCUUGUGCAAGCAAGGAGGGUUUGUCAAGGAUGAAUAA